AUGGAAGAAAUCGCGAGAAGUAAACACAGAGCAGUAAUGAGACCGUACUCAAAGCUGGCAGCUUUAGUGAAGUCAAGGCUAGAACUAGACGAUAUCGGUAGCAUCUUAUUUCGAGCUUCUGGCUCAUUGUUUUUCGAUCAGGUUUCCGACUACUUCUCUGCUGCUUUAAGUGAUUUUCAGCCGAAUCCUCUGUUUGGUGCUGUCACCGGAAAACUAGUUCAUGAUUUUGCAGGUAAAGCAAAGGUUGUAAAGCCGAUUCUUAACAACAAGGAAUCUAAAUUCUACACAAGAGCUGAAGUCUCUUCACACAACAAGAAGACUGAUUGCUGGAUCAUCAUAAAAACUAAGGUGUAUGAUGUUACUCCAUAUGUGGAAGAACAUCCAAGGGGGGAUGCAAUACUAGCACAUGCUGGGGAUGAUUCAACUGAAGGGUUUUAUGGGCCACAGCAUGCUACUUGGGUCUUUGACAUGGUUGAUGAAUUCUACAUUGGAGAUUUGGAGAAUUAGUUGCCAAUAGCCACUAGCUUCUGAAAUUGUGAAGAGAACUGUUUAUUAACUAGCGGUAAUUCCUGUCUGAGUCAUAAAACAACAUAUAUGUUCAUUUUCACAGGAUCCAUUGCCAUUUAUGUAAGUUUUAGAGAUCUAUUCUCGGACAGUGUUUACAUUUGAAGGAGACUGAAAGCUCUACUAGACGAUUCAGAAGGACAAGAGAACCCACAGAGAUCUACAAUGACAUACAGCUGCAUUUGAGCAAAUCCCUAUUUGCGAAUCCCAUCAUUUGCUACAAAAAUCUGCUAGAACAUCGGAUUCUCCAGGCGUCCCUCUCAACGAAUCUGAGCAGGAUUUUGAGCAGUCUUACUUGGGGAGUUGGAGUUCGGAUGAGCUGUAGGGCACGUGUGGGGCGCGCUCUGCGGGGAGCCCGUCCAAAUUCUCUCACCUGAGUUGCCUUCAUCUAGAACAGGCCCAAACUGUUCCGGCCUUUUGACCUGUACUGCUGUACAUAGAAAAAGGGCCAACUCCUCCAGCCUUUUUGACCUGUCCAUAGAAAAGGGCUAUCCGCUAUAUGGAGUAUUGGGAGGGGUAGACUGGAUAUGGAUCCAACAUUUGGCAAAUCUUGUGCUGUUCUCAUAUUCUUUGGGGCUGUUUGAUGAUGGCUGAAAUAGCUGAAUUGAAUGAUUUAUUGCUUUGUAUUUUAGUGGAUAAAAUAAUUAAAGGUUAAUAUAUUCAUGGGUAUAAUAAAUUA